AUGGGUAGCAGUGGUAACAGUGGUGGUUUAUUAUCCAUUUGGAAUAAGAAUAAAGUGGUAAAGGAGAAUGAAAGAAUGGGGAUAAAUAACAUUACUACAGUCUUUACUUCUAAGUUAAAGGGUGACAAGUGGGCAGUGUGCAAUCUAUACUCACCUUGUGGGUACAAUGAAAGAGCUGAUUUUUGGAAUGAAUUGAAGGUAAGGAAUUGGUGGAAGGGUCCAAUUUGUUUUGCAGGUGAUAUGAAUGAUGUGAGGAAUGAUGAAGAAAGGAAUAAAGGAGAAGCUGAUAGUAGAAAUAAUUCUUUUCUAAAUAAUUUUAUCAUGUCUCAGGAGUUGAUUGGUUUAGCAUUGGUGGGAGGGGCUUUUACUUGGUCUGAUAUGCAGAAAGAUCCUUUAUUGUGCAGGUUAGGCAAGUUCUUGCUCUCUGUGGAGAUGGAUGUGUUAAUUCCACAUUCAAUUCAAAUUGCUUUAACUAGUGUAAUUUAUGAUCAUAGGCCUAUCAUGUUGGUGACAAAACCAAAUUUUAUGUGUAAACCUAAUUUCAAGUUUGAGAAUGGUUGGCUGCUGCAUAAAGAUUUCUUUAAGAAGGUGAAGGAAUGGUGGGAUGUUAUGGAGUAUCAAGGUCAGGCAAGCUUUGUUUUCUUUAAGAAGUUGCAGUAUCUGAAAUAUUUUCUGAAGAAUUGGAGUAGAGUGGAGUUUGGGUCAGUCAAAAGAGUGAAAGUUGACCUAACUGAGAAGAUUGAACUUUUGGAUCAGAUGGAGGAAACUCAUGUACUGACAGAUAAGAAGUUUGAAGAUAGAAUGCAUUUCUUAUUAAAUCUGAAAAAUUUGAAGGCUACGGAGGCUAGGAAAUGGCCUAUAAGAGAUAACCAAAAUGAUUUCAGGUGGGGGGAUCCAAAUACAUCUUAUUUUCAUAGGUUGGAAAAUGCAAAGAGGAAGAGAAACACCAUUGCUAAGUUAGAUAUUGAAGAGGUUGAAUGUUUUGAUCAAGAGAGCAUAAAAGUGGAGAUGAAAAAUCAUUUUUGA